AUCACAAUCCAAGUCCCACUGCUUUAGUUCGCAUGAGCAGGAAGAUUUGCUUGAAGAUAUCCUGAAACUCGAACCCAGGCUGGUUUGUUUGCCAGCCGGUGCUUCAUAGCUGUCAACCUCAGUCGCAAGUGGCAGCUACUGUGAGUAGCUUCUGUGCAUUAUGAAGAAUUUUUCAUUUCCUAUGCAGGAUAACACACGUCAGACCGAGAGUUCUCCUCCUCACAGAUUCCUGAGUUUAACAAAUCAGUCAGAUCCUAUUGGAAGACCAGAAAGAGAUGAGCAAUUAGCACAAGUAGAGAUUGCUGUACUGGGGGUCAUAUUUCUGACAGCGUCUGUGGGCAAUUUCAUUCUCAUACUGGUGCUGUGGAGAAGAAGAAAGAAGCUUUCUAGGAUGUAUGUGUUCAUGCUUCACCUCAGCGUUGCUGACUUAGUGGUAGCCUUUUUCCAAGUGCUGCCUCAACUCAUAUGGGAUAUUACAGAUGUUUUCAUAGGGCCAGAUUUCUUGUGCAGAAUUAUCAAGUAUCUACAAUUGCUGGGCAUGUUUGCCUCUACUUAUAUGAUAGUGGUCAUGACAGUGGACAGAUAUCAAGCUGUUUGCUACCCUAUGGUCACUUUCCAGAAGAAGAGAGCUCUCUGGAACAUCCCCAUAUGCAGCAGCUGGUCUAUAGCACUGAUUCUUAGCCUACCACAGGUAUUUAUCUUUUCUAAGACUGAAAUAUCUCCAGGUGUAUUUGAAUGUUGGGGUGAAUUUAUUCAGCCUUGGGGCCCAAGGGCAUAUGUGACUUGGAUUUUUGUAGUUAUAUUCUUCAUUCCCUCAGCAAUCCUUAUCACAUGCCAGGUCAAGAUUUGCAAAAUAAUCAGAAGAAAUAUAAAUGUGAAAAAGCAGAAUGAAUGUGAAGCAACAAAUCAGAAUCAAGUCCUGCCAUCCCGAGCAAGCAGUGUGAACUGUAUUUCAAAGGCUAUGAUCAAGACAGUAAAAAUGACAGUGGUGACAGUUGUUGCCUACGUUCUCUGCUGGUCACCUUUCUUCAUUGCCCAGCUGUGGUCCGUGUGGUUCCCCAGCAUCCUGACCGAAGGUUCGGCAUUCACCAUUAUAAUGCUCCUUGGCAAUCUAAAUAGUUGUGCCAACCCAUGGAUUUACAUGUAUUUCUGUGGCCAGAUUCCAUAUUGCACAAAUAAGCAGCUGGAGAGUACCUCGGCUCAAGAGGAGUCCGUGUUCACGGGGAGCAUUCAUCUCGCAGACAGAGACCCUGAGGAUAACAGUACUUCUGCAUAAAUGCUGAGAGCUUUUUGUUGUUUUGUCACAUUCCCCCUGUUCACAAGACAUAUUGAUAUUUUACUAUCGUCCCUAGUUUUGUGGAUAAGGAAGCUGAAAAAUUGUUUUUUUGCUGUAAAAAUAUGUUUCUCUGCAGUUCUGCAGCAUAUUCAGGAAGUUUCUGUGCUGUGCAAGCCUGACUCAGUGCUUCAAUCACCACUGUCUUGUGGUGAUUGAAUUCCUGUAAAGAUUGACAAAGAUACAUAAAAGUAUCUUAGAUAUUUUGUGUCCUAAAGUACUUCCCCAUCUGUGAUUCUGGAUUUCUAAGUAGUAAAAUUUUAUUACUACCUGGUCCAACAAAUUGAACCAUAAUUGAAUAGAAACCUGAUCUAAUUAAAUUUGAAUAUGUUUUCAGAGUGAACUAUGAAUUGUUCAUCAUUCUGGUGUAAUUGAAGGACAGUGACAAAUCUUGAGAAGGCAGCACAAAGUCAGAAAAAGCUUUUGCCAGCUCUUACUAGCACGUGGUUUAAAUGAACUCUUUAUGUACAUUUAUAAAGUGCCAAGGAGCUUAAUAUAAUUUAAAAAAUAAAAGAAUUUGGUGUGUUUGUGACAUUGAACCCCUACUUUAGUUUCAAAUUCCAUUGUGGCUUGCAGGUAUCAGCAGCAUAGCAGCAGUUCAGGUUUUUUGUCUUCACUCCAUGGGAUUUGAUUUUCCAUGCAUUUCCUGAUGUGUAAGCAGUUAACUGGACACCUGUGUACACCCCAUACCCACACAUAUACAUACUCUAAAUAAAAGUGGAUGCUUUCAUUUGGCAUUCAGACCCAUUUGUUCUAGCAUGGGAUUUGUUGGCAGAGAACCAAUUAUUCUAUUCCUUAGUAUCCCUUUAGGUUCAAAUUCAAAUAUUUCCCUUUGCUGUAAAAAUAAAUCUGCAUAUCUUUAUUUCAAAUGCCAUUUGAUUGCUGGUGUGUGGGUGUUGUAUGGAUGUAGCUACUUAUUUCCUUUCAAUGUCUGAUCAGAGGAAUAUGGAAGGAGUAUCAGCAAGGUUCUUUCAGGUGAGAAGGGAUCUGCAUUCCCAGAGACUCUUUGUGGCACUUACAUCUGGUGAUGUGUAAUCUGUCUACAUUAUACUGUGUUUCAUCACAUUUCAGUUUUCUGAGUGCUAGCAGUCUCAAAUAUCAGUAGAAAAGCUAUAAAAUUGUGGGGUUUUAAUAGUCUUUAAAUUGUAGUCAAAGAAAUAUUGAUUUAAACUAAACACUGAUCACAUAGUGAGAAAUUCUGCUGUACAGUGAAUAGUUCUGCUUCAGGUGUAUUUAUGCUGAAAUGGCUGCAUAUCCUAUGAUUCUAUUCUCUGUAUAAUUAGACAAGAUAAGGGCAAGAACCAAAUAUUGCUGUUCUUUAUAGUGGGAAAAGCUAGUGCCCAGCCCAGCUGACAAGCACAGGUCUCCAGCUGUUAGGAAGAGGAAGAAGGUGGGUGAAGGUAAUACCAGAGCCAGGCAGGAAUGGGAAGCGUUUGUAUGAAGUGUCUUACUAUAAUUACAGCUGGUAGGGUUUUUUUACUGGUUUAUUCCCCUCUCCCUUUAAUUAGUAGUUAAUAAUUCUACCCCACCAAAAAAUUCCCUGUUAGAGCAAAUCUGUAACUCAAGUGAAUGUCCUGAUCCGGGGGUAAGAAUAUCCAGGAUACAAUCCAUUCUAUUGAUAGGGUAUUGAUACAGCCACUCACUGACUUUCUAAGACUUUCAGUCAAUUAGCUCUUAGUGAAAUUUUCCCUUAUGACCUAAUCUAAUCGUUAAUGGUGGCAUUUUUGGUUUUUUGGUUUUUUUUUCCCCCAUUUCCUUUGAUUGUAGUUAGUUGCACAGUAUAAUAUGCAGACUUGAAAGGAACUGUUAACAGAAAUGCUUCAAGGAAUCACCUGUGUCACUGCACUACUGUAUUAGCAGCAAAACUCAAAAGGCUUUAAUUUGCAAAGAAAACAAGCAUUCAGAUCAUGUGCAGAGAGUCAUCCAGGUCCAGAACUCAUGGAAGUCACAGUUCUGUUCAGACAGCACAGUGGAGUCAUUGUGCCAUUUGACACCACCUGAUCUGAUCUCUGGUAGAACUUUAAAUGUAUAACUUCUACUACUUACAUUUGUGCAUUGCUGAUAUAUUUGUUACUGGCCCUAUAAAUAAUUUGGAUUUUGCAAAUAACAGUACCUCAAUGUGUUCAUUAAAAGUCUGAGAGAAAUGCUAACUGUCUCUAUCUCAGAUAUUUUAAUCAUGUAGUGGAUGAAAUAUCAGAACUUCUUAAGUUCAGUGAUGAUUUUUCACCAUCUGUAAUGUUCAAGAUUCUUAUAUUUUUGUCUCUCAAGUGCUUCCUUUCUGAUUUUUUAAUUUUCCUUCCCCUGACAUCAGUCCUGCUCUUAAAAAGAAAAUUAAAGUUUACUGUACUAUGGUGCAAACUACAGGCUAAGCAUACUUUUUGUUUCAGUCUGUUAGGAGGUGUUUGAACACAGGAAUUCCUGAUUUUUCUCUUAGGAAAAUGAAGUGGGCUGCAUUUUACAAAUGUACAUCCUUAUCCCACAUGCCCUGCCCUGCCUACCCCAUGGGUAGCACUGACUAACAGUCUCAGUGGGGGUUUUGUUCAGGUCCACUGUUUUUCCAUCAAAACUCAUUUUCAAAUGAUGGGAAAUUCAUUUGUGUAAAUUUUUUCCUUUACAUUUUAUUUUUUAAAAUAAUGUACCCCUUUCAGGACUUAUCUUAUUUCUCAAAAAAACCCCCUACAUUUAAAAAUAAAAUUUUUCCUCUUUGUAAAUUUAUCCAUCAGUGCUCUUGGAAGUUGUUGUUUGAACAUCUUGUGCCCUUUUUUUUCUUUCUAUUUUGAAUCUUCAUCUGAACUGUAUAUUUUUCAAUUCACUACACUUAGAUUUCCAACAGGUAUUGCAGUAUCUCAUUAAGAGAGAGGGUUGACUUUGGCACAACACUGUAGUCUGGCCAAGGUGUUUAAUCCAUAUGGGAGAGUCAGUAACUGAAACAUAUGAGUCCCCAGGAGCACUGUGGAAGCCCAUAAAAAUGGAAAAAAAUCCAGUUAUCAGAUGAAAGCCUUUCCCAUCAAAGCCUAGGUUCUGUUUUCUCACACAAAUAAAUUCUGAGUAAAAAAACCCCUACUGUUCCCAGUCCUGAAAUGAAUUACUAUGUUGUUGAUGCUGGCACUGUGACAUGCUUUCUGGUUAUCUGGGUGGGGAUUUUUUUUUUUCACUUUCCAUGGUUUUGUUACUACUUGGGAAAGGCACAGUUCACUAAAAGGAAUUAGAUUCUUGCUUAAAAAUUAGUAGUUUAUAUUUUGCAGUAGAGAUAAGAAAGAUGAAAGACAAUGUAAUCUAUUGGUUCUGUAUAGAUUUAUUAUAGGAAAAAGAAACUACAAAAACAACCUAGCAGUAUGAAAAGAAAAUCCCAACGUGUUUUGCAUUCUUAACAAUAUAUUUUGAUAAUUUUUUUUAUUCUACAGAACUGCUUCUGUAUUUUCAUAGCCAGUCCUAGUUGACAUUCUUGUAAAUGGUGAAUACUGAAGAUAGAAGUGGUGCAUGAUAAUCUUUUUAAUCUUGCAAUGAAAUAAUGCUGAGGAAUUUUAAAGAUUGUGCCCAAGUAAUGUCCUGACAAUUUCACUUUGAUCAUUUAGUUCUCACAAGAGAAACCGGUUAUUGAGUUGAAUAAACCUCUCCUCUGUCUGUGUUGUUGGGGGAGGACUGGCAGAGUGAUAUGGAGACACAAGUUGGAACUGGCAGGGUUUAUUCUGUGACCCAAACAUAGCUGUAAU